AGGAUCCAAAAUCUGGGUGGAAAAUAUGGAGGAGAUGAAGGUGUUCUUUUGGGUGUUUUUAGUGGGAGAAAAGAGUAAGGUUAAGAGGAGAAAUGGGGAGAUAAGAAAUGGAAGAAAAAUCAGGGAUGGAUAAACCAAGUUGGUGUUUAAGAGAUAUUACACACUCUUAUCCUAACUUGGGGUUUGAAUCUAGAAUUUAAUUAAGAUAUGACACACUUAAUCAAAUAUCUAGAACCUAAAACUCACACUUAAGAUAACCACUCUUAAGAUAUAUAGAAUUAGGAAUUUGGCUAAAAUAGCAUCACACUAUUUUAUAAAUACUCAAAGAGUAAAAGAGCUUGUUCUUUCCACAUCUCUAAGGACCAAGAACACUCUUCCCCUUUCCCUUUCUCUUUUCCCUAUUUUCGGCCAUCUCCUUUCACCAUGUCAAACCAAUCUCAAACCAUGUCCAAUGAAGAGAUCCAAGCCUCUAAUGCAGUCCUUAAGGCUCAAGUUGAGUACCUAGCCAAGCAAGUGGCUCAACGUACGAAGAUGAAGAUGACAAUGCUGGACACACCCGAAGAAAGUGAUGAAGAACUAGAUGAGGGAGUCCAAGCUACUGGAAACUCUAGCAACAUCACUAAUGGAAGCUCUUGUGACAAAGGAACUAGUGACUUCAAGAAUUCUGGGCAGGAAGAAGGGUGUUUUUUGUGGGGGAAUGGACUGGAAAUAUAUGGAGUUGAUGAGGGAGUUCUUUUGGGUAUUUUAAUUGGAAGAAAAGAGUGAGAUUAAGAUGACAAAUGGGGGGGAUAUGAAAUGGAAGAAAAAUCAGGGAUGGAUAAACCAAGUUGGUGUUUAAGAGAUAUUACACACUCUUAGCCUAACUUGGGGUUUGAAUCUAGAAUUUAAAUAAGAUAUUACACACUUAUUUAAAUAUCUAGAACCUAAAACUCACACUUAAGAUAACCACUCUUAAGAUAUAGA